AUGGAGGAGGAAAUAAACGUUGAAAUGGAGAAUAAUCCGGAGAAUAAACCGGAGUAUACGUUGCGUCCUAUAAUAUACGUUUCCUGGUUACUCGGUGUCGGAGUCGCGAGACCGAAAUGUUCUCCAAAAUGGCUGACGAUGGCCCUCCGCGUUCUCCACUUCGCCGUGAGCUCGGUGAUCGUCGCGUUCAGCGCGAUGGACUUCGCGAAUUUCGGCAAACAGUUCACCAGCAAGCUGUUCGAGAUCAUGUACUGCAUGAACGAAACUGUCUGCCACCUUGCCGCUUACUAUUACGUCUAUCACAUGGUAAGACACUACGAGAAAUGGCCGGAAUUGAUGAAAAUGUUGGAAUCUCUAGAUAGAAACAUCGGCAGAGAAACUUCCAUCAACGAUCGAUGCGUGAAAAUCAGGCAAAUCUUCGCUGUUUCCAUAGUUUCGCUGUUCGGUCCAGUUUCGUUAAUCGUUCACGUUCUCUAUUACUAUUUCACCGAUCCUGAACAAAUUUUUGCUUCCGAUCUACUCUUGUAUUACACGAUCGCGCAAACUUUGGUGAACAGUUUCGUGUUCGAUAUCGUGGUCUACGUGAUCUGUCAGCGAUUCAGAGCGAUCAACGAGAUCGUUGCACGGUUGGACGAGAAAUUGGGAACGUACUGGACCACCUUGAAGAUCAGAAGAAUCAGAAGGCUGCACAAUGAAUUAUGCUCUAUAGUAAUGGCGGUGAACGAUAUCUACGGCGUAGAUCUGUUAUUAUGCUCUACAAACGCUUUCAUAAUGGUGGUAGCGAAAUUAUUCAGGAUCUACAUGAGCGCAGCCGAGCACAAAAGCGGUUUCAUAUUUCUGAACAACGUGAUCUGGAUGAUUUACGGGGGUCAAUUCAUAGUGAUGUGUUGGGUGUGCACGCUGACCCAUAGAGAAAUAAAUAAAAUUGGUCUAUAUAUCAGCGAGUUCGUUCUCAACACGCGGCACAACACGAAAUUCACCAAGUUGGCGUACUUCCGGAAUUUUCGCAACAAAGAACCGGAACCGUUAGAAAUUUUCAACGGUCGCGGUGACAACGGUGUGUUGAAUCUAAACGGUUUCGGUAUGGAGAGCCUUCUGCGAUCGAAUUUCGAACGAGACUGCGUUAGAAACGAAAUGAACGAUUUUUCGUUGCAAUUGCAACACCACAGAGUCAUGUUCACCGCCUGUGAUUUCUUCGAAAUGGAUAACUCUUUACUGACGAGAUUUAUCAGCGUUAUCACCACGUACUUAAUCAUCCUCGUCCAAUUUUACAAGCCAGAAGGUUUUUGA